GAAUGACCCUAACGACCAGUGGUCAGCGGCCCGCAGUCUCAGUCUGCACCACGAGCACAGCAGGGUGAGAACAUGAGGCUGCUGGGGGUCUGUCUGCUGGUCACGGUGACCACCUCGCUUGCUGUAGAAGAGUCCUGCAUGGACCGCUGUGAGAAAGGGUUCGACUCAUCAUUUAAGUGCCAGUGCGACUCCAUGUGCAAGUACUACAGCAGCUGCUGCCCGGACUACGACUCCAUCUGCGGAGUCAAAACACGCGGGGACACUUUUGCGUUUCCUGAAGACUCCGAUGAGGACCUUACCCCAUUCACUCCGGCGCCGUCCAUCAAGCCCAGCCCUGCCCCCGUACAGGGCAGGAGGGUACCGCUCUCUCCAUCCCAGGCCCACACCAUGACACAGGACCCAAAUGCGUUUGCUGAAACAACAGCAACCAAUGCCACCGACACCACCGCGCCCAUCGCCGGGGUCCCAGACCCCCAGGCGGAUCCCUGCAGCAGAAAGCCCUUUGACGCCUUCUUGCAGCUGAAGAACGGCUCCACUUACGCCUUCCGGGGGGAGUACUUCUUCGAACUGGGAGACAAGGCCGUGCCGCCCGGCAAGACCGUGCUGCCCGGAUACCCGAAACGCAUCGAGGACGUCUGGGGUAUCCCCGGCCCUAUCGACGCUGCCUUCACUCGCAUCAACUGCCAGGGCAAGACCUACAUCUUCAAGGGAAACAAGUACUGGAGGUUUGACGGUGACAUCUUGGAUGAGGAUUAUCCACGGAACAUUUCUGUGGGAUUCGAAGAAAUGCCAGACGACGUGGACGCGGCCUUUGCAGUCCCGGCAUCCAACCACCACGGUCAGGAAAAGGUGUACUUCUUCAAAGGUGACCAGUACUACCAGUACAAGUUCAGACACCAGCCAUCCCACAAGGAGUGUGUGGAGAUGACCGUGAGAUCUCCCUCGGCGCUCUUCACGCGGUACACUGAUAUGUACGUCGGCAGCUGGGAAAAAAUGUUCUCCCUGCUCUUCCGAGGCAUCGAGGGACACCUUAGUGGCCCCCGCUUCAUCAACAGGGACUGGGUGGGCAUCAGAGCCCCCAUGGACGCCGUGAUGGCGGGACGGCUCUACGUCAGCCCCGGUCGACGACGCUACGGCAGAAGGUGGCAAAACAGCAACAGGCAGGACUGGGAUCAGCAGAGGUGGAAUCAGCAGGGGUGGGGGCAGCAGGGCUGGAAUCAGGAGGGGUGGGGGCAGCAGGGCUGGAAUCAGGAGGGGUGGGGGCAGCAGGGCUGGAAUCAGGAGGGAUGGGGGCAGCAGCAAUGGGAUCAGCAGAGGAGGAGGCAGCAGGACGGGGACGAGCAAGGAUGGUGGCGUUCGGACUGGGAUCGGCGAGGCUUUGGACAGCUGGGGUGGCAGAGCGAUCAGGGACAGGGAGGCCGGCAGAAACGCUUCGACGAACCCUUGGAUGAACGAUUAGUCUACGAUGACCAGGAAGACCAGAACGAGAACAAGGAGCACAUCCAAGAGCACGUCAAGUACAGCUCCCACAAACGGAGAAGCAGCCACAGCUACAGAUACAACCCCUGGGACAGAAGAGGCUUCCGGCCCGUGCAGAAAGUCUACUUCUUCAAAGAAGAUCAAUAUUACAGAGUGGAUCUACAGAGGAAGACUGUUGACUUUGCGAAUCCCCCGUACCCGAGACCCAUUACGAAAUACUGGCUCGGCUGCCCGGAAAAACCUGGAGCGGAAAAGAAAUGAACUCCACGUACACACAGUUCAUCAUUAAUUAGAAUGCUUAUUUUAAUAAAGGCGUAAAUGUUGGAUUUGGGAUACAGAUAUGAAGAAACUGUAAUAACCAGCAUGUGUAUAAUGGGAGAUACUGGAAAUCUGAUUUUAAGAUGAAUAAAGGAGGACCUGAAUAAUC